AUGCAAAGCGGGGCAGAGAGGUGGUGCCUUUGGCUAGAGGAGCGGCGCAUCGAGAAAGGGAGCUGUCUGCGGAAGGAGAUGGAUGGAUGGCAUGUUCCUCUGCCAGAUGCCCUUUCACUGUUUGCUUCGCUUUCAAUGCUGCUCUCCUCUCCCUCCCAUGACCCAUGGCCUGCGCCUAACCGCUGUGGCUUCCUCUGCGCUUCCUUCUCUUCCCCUGCGCUUCCUUCUCUUCCCCUGCGCUUCCUUCUCUUCCCCUGCGCUUCCUUCUCUUCCCCUGCGCUUUCUUCUCUUCCCCUGCGCUUCCUUCUCUUCCCAUUCCCGCUCCCCUCCCUGAAAGUUCAGAUGGCGACAAUACUGCGCGCCUGCCAGGUGCUCCCAGAGCCGCUCUUCGCAGCGGCAGCGCACGCGGGAGACGACGUGUUCCUCUGCCGCAUGGCCUACCACUCGCGCUCCCUCACCUUCAAACGCCUGCCCGCGCCCAUGCACGGGUCGGGGGGAGCGGGAGCCAUGGGGGGGAUGGGGGGGAUGGGGGGGGUGGGGGAGAUGAGGGGGGUGGGGGAGAUGAGGGGGAUGGCAGGGGGAGGUGGGGGCGGAACGGGCGCGCAGGGGUGUGGAGGCGAUGGGGGAGGGAAGAGGAGGAGAGGGGAGAGGGAUGAGGGGAGUCGAAAGGGUUUGCGUGGGAGUGGGGAGGAUGGGGAAGGGAGUGGCGGGAGUGAUGGUAGUGAUUCUGGUGAGAGUGACAGUAGUAUAGGGCUGACUGAUUCUAGUGACGAUGACAGCGAUAAUCUUAGCCUAGAGACCGAGGAGGAUGAAGAGGAGGAAGAGGAGGACGAGGAGGAAGAGGAGGAUUGGGGAGCUUCCAAGCAGAAGAAGCGGCAACGGCUGGGCCAGGAAAAUGGCUUUAAAUUUUCACAAGGGGACGGGGACCAUGGGCUCUUUUCCGUGUUCCAUAGUGAUCGGAGGAGCGCCGGAGGGCAUUCUGCGAUGCUGGUGGGAGAGAGAGAGGAUGAGAGAGAUGAUACGUGGGAUGAGGGGGAUGGGGAAAGCGACGGGGAGGGGGAUGAGGAGGGCGAGGAGGAGGAUGGGGAGAGGGAUGAGUCAGAGAGCUAUGUGAGGAAGGAUGGUGAGCAGAGGGGGAGGACGGUAGGCGGGUUGGCGGCGGUGCGGAGGGCGAAGAGGGCGCUGCAGCUGUCCCGUGUGCCGCCGUGCCUGCCGUGCCGCGAGAAGGAGCAGCAGGAGGUGGAGGGGUUUGUGGCGAGAGUGGUUGGGGGCGGAUCUGGGGGAGGUGGAUCUGGGGGAGGUGGAUCUGGGGAAAUUAAUCUUGGGGGAGGCGCUUUCGGGGAAGAUGGCGGGAAAAGGGCAGGAGGCGGAGUAGCGGGCACAGAGCAAGAGAAGGGGAACAAGGAGGGCAUGGGUGUGGGAGGGAAGGGAGGCGAGCGAGGGAAGGAGAGGGGGAGGGGGAGAGGGAGAGGGAGAGCGAGUGGAAGGCGGAGAAAACAGGAGGAGGUGAGGGAUGAGCAAGAGGCAGAGGGAGAGAAGCCGCAGGAAGGGCAGCAGAAGGGGCUGCAGGAGGGUCGCGAGGACGGGGAACAGCAGGAGGAGGGGGCAGGAAAGCAGCAGGUGAACUCACGGUGUUUGUACAUCAGUGGAGUACCGGGCACGGGCAAGACAGCAGUGGUGGUGGAGGUGAUGAGGCAGGCGAGGAGGAGCAGCAGGGUCGGGCGGCUGCCGCCUUUCCAGUUCGUCCACAUCAACGCCCUGCGCCUGCCCGCCCCCACUGCCUUCUUCUCUUCCCCUUCCCCCCCACCCCCUUCUCUCCCCCCCCCCUUCUCUCCCCCACCCCCUUCUCUCCCCCCCCCCUUCUCUCCCCCACCCCCUUCUCUCCCCCACCCCCUUCUCUCCCCCACCCCCUUCUCUCCCCCACCCCCUUCUCUCCCCCACCCCCUUCUCUCCCCCCCCCCCCUUUCCCUGCGCGUGUCUCCUCACCCACUGCCUUCCUUCUUCUCUGUUGGUUUCUUACAAUCCCCUCCCCACCAACACCCUCCUUCUCGGCCUCCUCCCUCUGCCACCAACGUCCUCAUGGCCUUCCUGCCAUUGCCCGGCAUCACUGCAGGUUCUGUGGGAGGCACUGACUGGCCAGAGGGUGGCGUGGAAGAAAGCUCUUCACUCCCUCAACCUCCGAUUUGCCUCCCCUCACCCCGCCUCUGCUCCUGGCGGGGCGUUUCUGUGAGGAGGAGCAGGGGAGAGGAGCAGGGGAGAGGAGCAGGGGAGAGGAGCAGGGGAGAGGAGCAGGGGAGAGGAGCAGGGGAGAGGAGCAGGGGAGAGGAGCAGGGGAGAGGAGCAGGGGAGAGGAGCAGGGGAGAGGAGCAGGGGAGAGGAGCAGGGGAGAGGAGCAGGGGAGAGGAGCAGGGGAGAGGAGCAGGGGAGAGGAGCAGGGGAGAGGAGCAGGGAGAGGAGCAGGGAGGAGCAGGGGAGAGGAGCAGGGGAGUGUGUGUGCUGCUGGUGCUGUACAACAUCUUCGAGUGGACCACCUGGAGCUCUGCACGCCUUGCCGUUAUUGGGAUCCCCAACGCCUGCUCCCCUUCCUUUCGCCUCGUGCCCUCUCCACCCUCUACACCUCCCCCCACACAUCUUCCUCCCCGUUUCUUGAGCCCACUCUCACCACCCAGGCAUACCCAACGCAGCAUCGCCAACACGGUGGAUCUACCACAGCGCCUGCUCCCCCUCCCUCUCCUCCUUGUGCCCAUUCCACUCUACAUAUUCCUCCCUUUUCCUCCCACGCAUAUUCGCCAACCCAGCAUCGCCAACACGGUGGACCUCCCGGAGCGCCUACUGCCGCGCAUCGCCAGCCGCAUGGGGCUGCACCGCGUGCCCUUUGCGCCAUACACGCGCCACCAGAUCGAGAUGAUCGUCGCCGCCCGCCUGCACGCAUGCGAGCUCUUUGCACCGAGAGCCAUCGAGCUGGCUGCACGGAAGUUAGCUGGUUCACUUGUGAAAGAUGAGGUCCCCUCUGCGAUGAAAGAUGAGGUCCCCUCUGCGAUGAAAGAUGAGGUCCCCUCUGCGAUGAAAGAUGAGGUCCCCUCUGCGAUGAAAGAUGAGGUCCCCUCUGCGAUGAAAGAUGAGGUCCCCUCUGCGAUGAAAGAUGAGGUCCCCUCUGCGAUGAAAGAUGAGGUCCCCUCUGCGAUGAAAGAUGAGGUCCCCUCUGCGAUGAAAGAUGAGGUCCCCUCUGCGAUGAAAGAUGAGGUCCCCUCUGCGAUGAAAGAUGAGGUCCCCUCUGCGAUGAAAGAUGAGGUCCCCUCUGCGAUGAAAGAUGAGGUCCCCUCUGCGAUGAAAGAUGAGGUCCCCUCUGCGAUGAAAGAUGAGGUCCCCUCUGCGAUGAAAGAUGAGGUCCCCUCUGCGAUGAAAGAUGAGGUCCCCUCUGCGAUGAAAGAUGAGGUCCCCUCUGCGAUGAAAGAUGAGGUCCCCUCUGCGAUGAAAGAUGAGGUCCCCUCUGCGAUGAAAGAUGAGGUCCCCUCUGCGAUGAAAGAUGAGGUCCCCUCUGCGAUGAAAGAUGAGGUCCCCUCUGCGAUGAAAGAUGAGGUCCCCUCUGCGAUGAAAGAUGAGGUCCCCUCUGCGAUGAAAGAUGAGGUCCCCUCUGCGAUGAAAGAUGAGGUCCCCUCUGCGAUGAAAGAUGAGGUCCCCUCUGCGAUGAAAGAUGAGGUCCCCUCUGCGAUGAAAGAUGAGGUCCCCUCUGCGAUGAAAGAUGAGGUCCCCUCUGCGAUGAAAGAUGAGGUCCCCUCUGCGAUGAAAGAUGAGGUCCCCUCUGCGAUGAAAGAUGAGGUCCCCUCUGCGAUGAAAGAUGAGGUCCCCUCUGCGAUGAAAGAUGAGGUCCCCUCUGCGAUGAAAGAUGAGGUCCCCUCUGCGAUGAAAGAUGAGGUCCCCUCUGCGAUGAAAGAUGAGGUCCCCUCUGCGAUGAAAGAUGAGGUCCCCUCUGCGAUGAAAGAUGAGGUCCCCUCGGCGAUGAAAGAUGAGGUCCCCUCUGCGAUGAAAGAUGAGGUCCCCUCUGCGAUGAAAGAUGAGGUCCCCUCUGCGAUGAAAGAUGAGGUCCCCAGUGCGAUGAAAGAUGAGGUCCCCUCUGCGAUGAAAGAUGAGGUCCCCUCUGCGAUGAAAGAUGAGGUCCCCUCUGCGGUGAAAGAUGAGGUCCCCUCUGCGAUGAAAGAUGAGGUCCCCUCUGCGAUGAAAGAUGAGGUCCCCUCUGCGAUGAAAGAUGAGGUCCCCUCUGCGAUAAAAGAUGAGGUCCCCUCUGCGAUGAAAGAUGAGGUCCCCUCUGCGAUGAAAGAUGAGGUCCCCUCUGCGAUGAAAGAUGAGGUCCCCUCUGCGAUGAAAGAUGAGGUCCUGGGAUCAAAAUUCCCUCUGCAGCGUAUUCUGCCAGUCCCCGCUAAAAGGGGUUACACAGGUGCUCAUCUGGGAGUGGAUAGAACAACCUCGUUACCCAGCGAGGUGGCGUCGGUAUCAGGGGACGUGCGGCGGGCGCUGGAGAUCUGCCGCAGGGCCGUGGAGAUCGCCGAGGCAGAAGCCAGGCUGGCAGGGACUGGCCAUGCAGCUGAGACGGGUUGUGCUGUCGUGGUAGGUCAGCCUGACGUGGCAGGUCAACCUGACGUGGCAGGUCAACCUGACGCUGCAGGUCAAUCGGACGUGGCAGGUCAGAGGGGUCCAGGUGGUCAAGCCGGUGAGGCCAUGACUGGUAAAAGGGCGACAGCAGGGCGGAGGGGGGUGAUAGGUGGCGCUGGUGGGAGUGCUGAAGCAGUGCCUGCUGCUGCAGGGAUGGGCACAGAUGGUAUGAUAGCAAGCGGAAAAGGGUCACAGGUGGGGGCAGCGGCGGGAGCUGGUUCGGGAACAGAGUUGGUGGCGAGGACGAGAGCAGGUCUGAGUCUGGCGCCCGCGGCAAGCCUGGUUAGGGAGAGUGCGGUGGGCUGUGAAGGAGGAAGAGUGGAGAGCGGUUUGUCUGUUCUGUUUCAGAGGGCGGGGAGCGGGGAUGUGGCGGGAGGGGAGAGGGAUGCAGCAGGCGGAGUCAAAGGGAAAGAGGAGAAUGGGGUGGGGAAUAGGAAGGUUGGAAGAGGGGGUUCGAGCAGGAAUGAAAGGAGAGGUAAGACACAUGAAGCAGGUGGGGAGGGAGGGAAGGAGGUCGUUGGAGGUGCUAGUGGUGUUGGGGGUGUGAACGGUGGUCACACACGUACAGCCACCCCCUCACGCCAUUUGAGGCCCCUCAGAAAAGGGGUGCGAGGGGCAGAAGAGAGUGCGAGAGGAGUGAAGGGUGAGAUGACGAGGGAAAUAGAAGAGGGACUGAGGGGACGGGCUGAAGGGGCGGAGGGGAGAAAGGAGGAGGUGGAGCCAUCGGCAGUUGAGGUGCAAGCUAGGAAAGUGCGGCAAAACCCGUUGGUGGUACAGAUAGAGCACGUGGAGGCGGCCAUUCGAGAGAUCUUCUCAUCGCCCCACAUCAUGGUGC